AUGAACGCACGCAGCAUCAAAUUUGAAAUGUCCAUGGAGGGUAGACAAGUGGACGAGGUGGUCGCAAGCAUCUUUCACACGGUACUGUUCCACCGCUCGAGUGGGAAGUUUACCUACAACAGCGAGGAGAGCUACUCGAUUCGAACAAUCAGUUACGUGGACGUUGACUGCGAUUUCAUCGAUUUCACUUACGUGUGCUGCGAGUCGGAGGCGCUUGGUCGCGUUGUCAAGCGCGAAAUUUCGGAAUUUUCGGAACUAUUACGUGGAGCGGAAGCGUCGUUACCACGAGGUUCCAUCAGUCUCGAGUUCUUCCAGAGGAGGCGAGCGCGAUGGCCUUUCCAGCCUGAGUGUGUUCCGUGGGAGGUUUGGACUGUAUGCUGCGAGUUAACUGAGUCCCGAAAUGAGCGAGACAUGCACUCAAAGCACGAGAGUGUAGUAGAAAUGCUACAGGACAAAAUCGUGUUCAUAACGGAGAUCAUUAACCGUCACGAGUACGUCCCAAAAAUGCCGAGCCGCUCCGACGCAGACUUAAUCUUUGACACGUCAUAUUCUGACAUCCAGCCGUACCUCUUCAAGAUCCACUACAACUUGUCGGGCGCACCGCCCACAUCGGUCGGCAAUACUGUGAGGAAGCUGAUUCGCGAUACCCUGUCGUUGUGAUGUGUGUAAGACUAUCAAUGCUUUAUAUUCUCUCAAGUGAGGACUUCAAUACCCUUAUGUAUUUGGAUUUCGAAUUAGCUGGUCUAUAUGAAAAUAGGACAGAGAGUUCCUUCUCGAUGCGAAGUUGCUCAUCAUUGAGUUGUGUUGAACCUUAGUUAGAUAUAUAUCGAUGAGAAGUGCAAUUAAAUGAUUUUAAUAACGGAGAAUGUAAAUAAUAAUAUUAUAUAUCUUUAAGUAUACAUAUUUGUAUUAUAAUUCCCUAAUUUUUAACUGCAAUGUACUUAUGAAUAUAAUUUUCACUAAUAUAAUUAAAAUAAUUUAAAUUUAA